AUGUCAGUACAAGAGAACCAGCAAAAAUCUUCUGUGGGUAUCCCGCCCUUGUUCCAAUGUCCAAUUUCCUUAGAAAUAAUGAGUGACCCAUUCACUCUGUGCACUGGAAUCACUUAUGACAGAGCUUCCAUUAAAAAAUGGUUCCGAGCAGGAAAUAAUAUUUGUCCAGCCUCUGGUCAGACUCUCCACACGCGUGAGCUCAUCCCUAAUCACACCCUUGCCGCUCUUAUAAAAAAAUGGCGCCUCAAAAAUCCAUCAGAUCCCACUGCCCAAAACAACCAAAAGCUGCAGCAUAUGAUAGAGCAGAUCGACAAAGGCGGCGCCGUCAAAAUCGAGGCGUUACGAAACUUGAAGAAUUUUGCGAGGGACGAAAGCAACAGAUCGAAUCUGCAAUCCGAGGGCGUUUUACCUGCUCUGAUUCGUGUUAUGCAAGUAUUUGACCCGGUUCAUCCCGUUGAACACGAAACGGAGGCUGUGCAAGAAGCCAUUUCAGCCAUUGUUUUGUUUUCUGUGGACGAGGACAUCUUCUCGAGAGAUUUAUUGAGUGGCCGAGUGAUUCGAACCGUCGAAUGGGUGUUGGCGAAGGGUGAUCUGGAGUCCAGAAUAAAUGCGGCAACCCGUGUGGAAAAGCUGGCAAAAGGGGAUGAGACGGGUGCUAUGGAAAUCGGGUCUAUGGAAGGGAUAACAGACGGGCUUUUAACGUUGCUUGAACAGAAUAACAACACGCAUUAUAGUGGUCUCAGGGCUUUGGUUCCUCUGUCAAGUGGUUGCAUAUCGGGUGAAGCUAGCGGAGACAUUUGGUAUAAUUCCUCGUCUGACUCGAUUGCUUGGCGCUUCAGAGAGAGGUGUGAUCGAAUCAUCCAUGGCUAUUCUGGAGGCGCUUUCAACUGUUUGUCAAGGGCGAUGGGGCAUAAUAGAUUACGCACUUGCAGUGCCUACAAUCGUUAG